AUGGUAGUCCUGCUAGUGCUGGGCCUGGUGCUGAGUCUUGCUGCUGCGCAGUUCAACCGGGAAACUAUUUCUCAGAAGAACUACAACAUGGCCAAGAUUUCCGGGAUCUGGUACUCGAUUUUCAUGGCCUCAGAUAACAUGACACGCAUUGAAGAAAAAGGAGACCUGAGGAUCUUCAUGCGGAACAUCAAUCCCUUAAAGAACGGCAGCCUGAAGUUUGACUUCUUUUUCAUGGUGCAAGGAGAAUGUGUAGCUGUGACCAUGGUCUGUGAAAAGACAGAGAAGGAUGGGGAGUUCACCGUGGCCUAUGAGGGAGAAAACAGGGUGCUGCUCACGGAGACUGACUACAGAAUGUAUAUCACCUUCUACAUGCAGAACAUCAAGAAUGGGACCAAGACCCAUGUGCUGGCGCUCUAUGGACGCCUCCCAGUGCUUAACAGUUCUUACCUGAAAAGAUUUGUAAACAUCUGCAAAAAAUACAGGCUGAAUUCACAAAAUAUCAUCGACUUGACCAACAAAGAUCCAUGCUUCUCUAGACGAUAG